AUGUCUCUGAACAACUCUCCCUAUCACCCCCCUCUAUCCUCAUCCUCAUCUCGGCAGUCCCUGCACAAAGAAACACCCUCUCGGCCAGGCACCGCCUCUUCGCGCCCGCAUGAUCACUCGAGAGGGCAACUGCCUGAGGGCCGCCCAUCAACAGACGAAACUCACCAACCCCCAGGAACAGUUACAUCGGCCUGCCAAGAUGGAGUUAUGGAUGAAACCAAAGACCACCCCGAGGAGGGCCAAAAGCAACCUCUAUCUCACCCCGCAUUCCAGCCGUUCUUCACCUUGAUCGAAGACGCCCAUACCUCAGACUACUAUCACCCAACGGUUCACUACAUAUUCUCUGACGAUGAUACCGACAUCGUGACAGAGGCAGCCAUACGUAGCUUGGCCGCGCAGCAAGAAGCUCUUUCCGAUUCUAAGAAAGACCGGAUCGCGCAAAUCCAAGCAUCGAAUCUCCAGGACGAGACCAAAGACUCCUCCAACCCUGACCUAGCCAAGAGCACCCUACUCCCACCACCCGUUCCAGGCGUUCGAGAAAAUUAUGUCAUCCUUGACAUAGAGCCCUCACCACACACACCUGAGGCAGCACAAACCAGCCCGGUAACCGAACAAGUAGGGCCAGGCAAAGGAGGUGGCACCAGGUCCAUAUCUUCGUCACCGGCGAACCCUUCCGCGUUGGCACAGGACCACGGACAGCUACACCCGCAAUAUCGCGUUACAGAGGCGCAGAGUUUCUCAUCAACAUGGCAGGUUCUCAACACAGAAGUGGUGCCGGCGCCAACUUUUGAGAACGGUAAUCCUGGCGAGUCACCAGGACAUGGCUUGAUGUUGAAGAUCCGUGGCACAGGUGGACUGCCGAUUAAGGUGGGUGGAAAAGAUAAGGAGGGCACACUUGAGGAGAUGAUGGACCAGUUUGCGAAGCGGAUGAGCGAGUUGCAGGUUGUUAUCGACGCAGCAGAGGCAGCGGACUCCAAGGGAGAACAUGAUGAGGAGAAACUCGUGCAGCAUCCCUUCUCCCCCGACAUAGCCGAAGAGACCACUCAGACCAAGAGGGAUAGUGCGGCAUAUGCUGAAGGGGAACAUUCUUGA